AUGGAGUGUCAGCCCAGUAAGUCGAUACUCGGUGGAGACCCUCAGUAUCGCUUUGAGGCUCUGGAUAUAGGGGUUAAUGACGAGGUCACUUAUAAGACUGUCACGCAACUUGGUUACCUUUGGGAUACUGUGACUGACACUGUUUGCCCUAGGACAAUAGAUGUUGGUUCAGAUAUUCCAUCAACAAGAAGACUAUGUUUUCAAGUCCUAAGUCGGUUUUAUGAUCCUCUCGGUACCAAUAUUGAAUAUUCGGCUCGGCAACGCUAUCUACUACAUAAGUCAGCAUCUACUACUGAGCAUUGGGAUUCGCAAGAUCUUUCACAGUCAACUGCUUUGGAAGUGAGUGCUCUAUGCUCUGUGAAGCCCUGUUCUCAACCACGCUUUGUCGAUAUUCGGAAGGGCUUGGUGGUGUUCUGUGAUGCCGCUGGUAGUGGCUGUAUAUGUGCCGAUGCUCGUGGUGUUGCUGAUGGUCGUCGUCUAGCGGCUCGUCAAAAAACAUUGAAUUCUAAGUGGACUAUAGCAAGGCUUGAACUUUGUGCACUUCGUUUGGGGGUGUCGUUGCUUGAUGAUAUCUGCGAGGAGUUAGAUGUGCUUACGGAAGAUGGUUAUGCUCCCCCUCAGGUCUGGCUCCUUACGGACUCUCAGCUCAAUUGUUGGCGUCUGAGACGUUCGGAAGCCUAUGACGCCAAGUAUUUAUCAGCGUUUGAGCGACGUCGGGUGCAAGACAUUCGUUCUGGUCUUACUCGAUUAGCGAAAUCUCUGGACUGCUCUGUGAAGUCUGGUCAUGUAGUGGGUAGGUUGAAUCCGGCUGAUCGGGCUACAAGACCCGAUAGGGGGUUACAGGAGAAGUUGGAGCUCUGUGGCUCAGAGAUGGAUGAUAUAUUACGAUCGGUUACUACUGUGACUCUGUUUCCUGGCCAAGAAGACUCCGAUGGUGAAGAUGAGCACUUGGAUAUUUCAGAAGAUGAUGAACUUGACUUGAUGAUGGGUGAUGAUGAGGAUUUGACGGUAGCACUAGCAGCAGCAGUUCAGCUGCACAAAGAUGUUCCUGAUCCUCCUGAAGACCCAGAACUGCAAUGGUCUAUUAAGGUCUCCCAAGCUGCUAUUCCGAGUCUGCGGUUGACACUCGACAAGAUUGCCAGUGGUAAAGAUGUCCCGGGUUUUGAAACUCGGAAUGGGUUAUUAUGUAAGGUUGGUAAUGUUGCUCUCGAUGAUACCAAUCGUGGGAGUUGUGCUAUAUCCCAGAUUGUUAUUCCUAAUGCUGACGACAACCUACAACAUAUGGUGGCAACGAAAGUUCAUGAUCAACAUGCUGGACAUCCGGGUCGUGUUACGUUGCUACGCUGGAUAUGGAGACAUUAUUAUUGGCAGCAUAUGGAUAAGACC